UGCUGGUUGCCAACGUUGAGACACGCCCCUCUUUGUAACUGUAGGUCGUGUAUCCACAGGCCACGUGGGUUAAUCUCUGCUGAUCGACCUUUGACAUGAUAGCUAGAUCAGAGGAGAUAUAAACUAGGUACUAUGGCUCGUAUCUUGGACGGCAAGGCUCUUGCAGCAAAAGUGAGGAGUGAAGUAGCCAAAGAACUGAAGGAUCUUCAACAGAGUAACUCCAAAUUCAAGCCUCAUCUCACCAUUGUACAGGUUGGGGGUAAUGAAGAUUCUAAUGUGUAUAUCCGCAUGAAGAGUAAGGCGGCUACUCAGUGUGGUAUUGCAGUGGAUCAUAUCAAGCUGCAGAGGGAGGUGACAGAGGAGGAGGUGGUGGGGACUAUUCAGCGGCUGAAUGAGGACCCUCGAGUCAAUGCUAUCCUCUUGCAACUACCACUGGAUUCAACCAAUCAGAUUGAUGCCGACCGCUGUACCAACACCAUAGCAGUCAAUAAGGAUGUCGAUGGUCUGACUGAUGUGAGUGCUGGUCGUCUGGCCAGGGGGUCCCUGGACGAGGCCAUGGUCCCCUGUACCCCCCUCGGCUGUCUGGAGCUGAUCCGACACACUGGACUGGAGCUAAGUGGGAAAAAGGCUAUAGUGCUGGGUCGCAGCAAGAUUGUGGGUGCUCCCAUAUCGGACCUUCUCCGUGCCCACAAUGCUACGGUAACAGUAUGCCACUCACGAACAACUGACAUGGAGGGUGAGGUUAGGAGUGCUGAUAUUCUGGUGGUAGCCAUUAGACAGCCGAGGAUGGUGAAGAAGGAGUGGGUAAAACAAGGAGCAGUGGUCAUUGACGUUGGGAUCAACUCCAUACCAGAUGCGAGUAAGAAGUCUGGUCAUCGACUAGUGGGAGAUGUGGACACUGAGGGGGUGUGUCAGGUGGCGGGUUGGGUGACCCCCGUCCCUGGAGGGGUGGGGCCAAUGACUGUUGCCAUGCUCAUGAGAAACACACUCACGUGUGCCAAGAAACAGAUCAAGAUGAUUGGGUGUGGUCAGUGGCCCAUCCGGUACCUCCCCCUCUCUCCCCUGUCUCCCGUACCCUCGGACAUAGAGGUCGCUCGUAAUCAAACCCCCAAACACGUGAGAGACGUGGCCAGUGAAGUCGGUCUACUUGCCUCAGAGACGGAGCUGUAUGGCACACACAAAGCGAAGGUCUCACUCUCUGUGCUGGAAAGACUCAAAGAAAGGCCCAAUGGAAGGUACGUGGUUGUGACUGGAGUGACGCCCACCCCCCUUGGCGAGGGCAAGAGCACCACCACCAUUGGUCUGGCCCAGGCUUUGGGAGCUCACCUUAAGCUUAAUGUGUUUGCUUGUGUGAGGCAGCCAUCGCAGGGACCAACCUUUGGGAUUAAAGGGGGUGCUGCCGGUGGGGGAUACUCUCAGGUGAUCCCCAUGGAGGACUUCAAUCUCCACCUGACGGGUGAUAUCCACGCUAUCACAGCUGCUAAUAAUCUCUUAGCUGCUCAGAUUGACACCAGGAUCUUCCACGAGAACACCCAGUCGAACAAAGCUCUCUUCAAUCGACUGGUGCCCACAAAAAAUGGAAAGAGAACAUUUUCAGCAAUUCAAUUGAGGAGGCUAAAAAAACUGGGAAUUAACAAAACGAACCCUGGUGAUCUGAGCAGUGCUGAGAUUGGUCAGUUCUCCCGACUGGACAUUGACCCCUCCACCAUCACAUGGAACAGAGUCAUGGAUACCAACGAUCGCUAUCUCCGUAAAAUCACCAUCGGUCAGAGCAAGACUGAGAAAGGUCACAGCAGAGAGACCCAGUUUGAUAUCUCUGUGGCCAGCGAGCUGAUGGCAAUACUCGCUCUCACUAAUGACCUCGCGGAUAUGAAGGAGCGGAUUGGACGGAUUGUGGUUGCCAGUAGCAGCCAGGGCAAUACAAUAACGGCAGAUGAUCUUGGAGUAACAGGAGCACUGGCUGUUUUAAUGAAAGACGCCAUCAAACCAAACCUCAUGCAAACCCUGGAGGGCACACCUGUAUUUGUGCACGCUGGACCAUUUGCCAACAUCGCCCACGGCAACUCGUCCAUACUGGCAGACAAAAUAGCGUUGAAGCUAGUGGGAGAGGAGGGUUUUGUGGUCACAGAGGCGGGGUUUGGAGCGGACAUUGGCAUGGAGAAAUUCUUCAACAUCAAGUGCAGAUACAGUGAUCUGGCUCCCAACUGUGCUGUCCUGGUAACAACAGUGAGGUCUCUCAAGAUGCAUGGUGGUGGGCCAACUGUCACCUCAGGGCAGCCGCUAGACCCUGUCUACUCUCAGGAGAACCUGCCGCUGGUCGAGGCUGGGUUCCAAAAUCUUCAGAAACACAUUGAGAAUGUUCUAUUAUUUGGUGUCCCUGUUGUCGUGGCAAUCAAUGGAUUUAUUACAGAUAGUCUAGCUGAGCAGGAGCUAGUACAGAGGCUCAGUCGAGCUUCUGGAGCAUUCGAUGCCAUCAUCUGCAGUCACUGGGCAACAGGAGGUGCUGGUGCGGUGGACUUGGCCGAGGCCGUGAGGAAAGCAUCCGUUUCUUCCAGUAAUUUCAAGUUCCUCUACGACCUCUCUCUGUCCCUCGAGGAGAAGAUACGCACUAUCGCUUGCAAGAUCUACGGAGCAUCUGACAUUACCCUUGCUGAAGAAGCCAAGAUCAAACUGGAUCGCUAUGAGCAACUAGGGUUCGGUGGACUCCCUAUUUGUAUGGCAAAGACACACCUCUCUCUGUCACAUGACCCGUCACUCAAAGGUCGACCGUCAGAUUUCGUGGUCCCGAUACGAGAUAUCCGUGCGAGUGUAGGGGCGGGGUUUAUAUACCCCCUGGUGGGAGAUAUCAGUACUAUGCCUGGGCUACCCACUCGACCAUGCUUCUUUGAUAUAGACAUUGACCCUGUUACUGAAGAGAUUGAUGGAUUGUUUUAGAUAGUAUGGGGACAACAUUUUAGAUUUUUAAGUAUAGUGCGUGCAUGUUAAUUGUUGCAUACAAUACCCAGUAUAUAUUUUUGAGACUCAGUUGGUUAGGCCAC